AAAUGGUUUGGGAAAAGUUCCUUAAAAUAGAAGAGGAAGGAUAAUGACGAGGUUGAGAGGAAAGUGGAAUUGCCUUCCUCCUGCAUGUUUAUUCAACAAACAUUUACUGAGUGUCCACCAGGUGUCCAGCAUUAUGCCGGGCACAAGGUCAGAGCUUCACAGUCUAAUGGUAGAGAAAGACCUGUAAUCAAAUAAUGGCAGCCUUUUGACAAGAGCUGUUAUGAAUGGUGGUGCCCUGGUCACUGUUAAGAAAACUCUAGACUAAGAUUUAGGUGAGGAAGGGAGAGUUAGAAAUAUGUUUUUAGGUUUCCUAGAGGAGAUGACAUCUGAACUAACUGUUGGAAAGUGGAUUGGAGCAGAAGAAAACCAGGCAGAGAAAGUAUUUGCAAAGGUCUGGAGACAAAGCAAAACAAAGCAUUUCAACAGUACUGGAGUCCUGGCUUUCACGAGAGGGACUAUCAGCAGAGAGGUUGUUGAAACUAGGUCCAAAUUUUGCAGGGCCUUGUAUGUCAUUCUAAGGAACUUAGUUGUAAUCUAUAGAAGACAGGGAAGUUUGAAGGACAGUAAACAAGUGAUGUAGCUACUUUAGGAUUUUAGGAGGGUAACUUUGGCGGACUGUGGGGAAAGAACUGGCCUGAGAGAAUUUAGAGACCCAUUUAGAGGCUUCUGAAAUAACUUAUGUGAAAAAGUGCUGAGGGCUUUAAAUAAGGCAGUGGCAAUAAGAAAUUGAGAUGAAGGGAAGAAUUUGAGAUAUAUUGGAACUUAUAGCACUUUCCAGUACAUAGCACUGUAGUUCACGUGUUCUGUCUGUCUGCGGGCAUGGACGAGCAGUGACUUUAUGGCUGAGACUGUAUCUUCAGCGUCCACUUGUUGAUAGGCAGAGUUGCUCUUGAAGAUACAUUCGCAAUGAAGUAUAGAAGGAGCAGUAUGGAGAAGGUCAGAAGAAAGGAAUAUCCCUAGGAGAGAAAAAGUAAAAUGCAGGAAGUCCAUGAAUGAGAGUGGGGAAAUAAAAUCUCAAAAGCCAUUUCCCAUCUCUUCCAUUGGUUCCCAAUUCCUCGCCCUCCCGAUCCUCAACGAGCUACAACCAGCGGCCGAUUUUCCCGCCAUUCGCAGGCAGCUCCGCCUCCUUGGCACACAGUGGGGUUGAAGUCCGUCAACUCUAGGCCACGCCCUCUCCGGGGCUCUGGCUGCGUUUCCCCUCCUCUAGCUACACUUGAAGCACCGCUUCCAUCAGCUAAGCCACGCCCACCUCGGAGUUCCUCUGGUCGCAAUGUUCGUUGGCCCCGCCCCCUCCCAGGAUGGCUGUGGCACUGCCCCGCCUCCUCCUGCCCUGCCCAGCCUUCGCGCGGCUCUCGCCAGGGGGCGCAGCGCAAUCCGCCCGCCGCCCGCUGGCGAGUCUGUCGCACACACCCCCUCCGCCCCGCGCGCCGGCAGUUCCCAGUCGACUACGCCUCCGCUCCCAGCCCGCCGGGCUGCGCCGGCUCGGACUCCGGGGUGUCGGGGGUCCCGGAUGGCCGCAGCAGGGUCUAGGAGGCCAAACGUGUAAGCUGACUGGAGUCAUGGAGGCGGACCAGCGGCCAACCACUGGGGCCAGCGACGGGGCGACCCCUGGGCUGGAGGCGGCGCCUUCGGCUGCCCCGGCGCCUACGACCGCGGCCUCGGGUCCGAUCCCCGGGUCCAGGCCCGGGUCCGAGCCCAAGAGGAGGCAGCUCGGGACUCUGCUCCAGCCCACGGUCAACAAGUUCUCCCUUCGCGUGUUCGGCAGCCACAAAGCAGUGGAAAUCGAGCAGGAGCGGGUCAAGUCAGCGGGGGCCUGGAUCAUCCACCCCUACAGCGACUUCCGGUUUUACUGGGAUCUGAUCAUGCUCCUCCUGAUGGUGGGGAAUCUCAUUGUGCUACCUGUGGGCAUCACCUUCUUCAAGGAGGAGAACUCUCCGCCUUGGAUCGUCUUCAAUGUCCUCUCUGACACCUUCUUCUUGAUGGAUCUGGUGCUCAACUUCCGCACGGGCAUCGUGGUAGAGGAGGGUGCUGAGAUCCUGCUGGCACCACGGGCCAUCCGCACACGCUACCUGCGCACCUGGUUCCUGGUUGACCUCAUCUCCUCUAUUCCUGUGGAUUACAUCUUCCUGGUGGUAGAGCUGGAGCCACGACUGGACGCUGAGGUCUACAAAACAGCUCGGGCCCUGCGCAUCGUGCGUUUCACCAAGAUCCUCAGCCUGCUGCGGCUGCUCCGCCUCUCCCGCCUCAUCCGCUACAUACACCAGUGGGAGGAGAUCUUUCACAUGACCUAUGACCUGGCCAGUGCUGUGGUUCGCAUCUUCAACCUCAUCGGGAUGAUGCUGCUGCUAUGUCACUGGGAUGGCUGUCUGCAGUUCCUGGUCCCCAUGCUGCAGGACUUCCCUCCUGACUGCUGGGUCUCCAUCAACCACAUGGUGAACCACUCAUGGGGCCGCCAGUAUUCCCACGCCCUGUUCAAGGCCAUGAGCCACAUGCUCUGCAUUGGCUACGGGCAGCAGGCACCUGUAGGCAUGCCCGACGUCUGGCUCACCAUGCUCAGCAUGAUCGUGGGUGCUACCUGCUACGCCAUGUUCAUCGGCCAUGCCACCGCUCUCAUCCAGUCCCUGGACUCUUCCCGGCGUCAAUACCAGGAGAAGUACAAGCAGGUGGAGCAGUAUAUGUCCUUCCACAAGCUGCCAGCUGACACACGGCAGCGCAUCCAUGAGUACUAUGAGCACCGCUACCAGGGCAAGAUGUUCGAUGAAGAAAGCAUCCUAGGCGAGCUGAGUGAACCACUUCGGGAGGAGAUCAUUAACUUCACCUGCCGGGGCCUCGUGGCCCACAUGCCGCUGUUCGCCCAUGCCGACCCCAGCUUCGUCACAGCCGUGCUCACCAAGCUGCGCUUUGAGGUCUUCCAGCCGGGGGACCUCGUGGUGCGUGAGGGCUCCGUGGGCAGGAAGAUGUACUUCAUCCAGCAUGGGCUGCUCAGUGUGCUGGCACGUGGCGCCCGGGACACUCGCCUCACUGAUGGAUCCUACUUUGGGGAGAUCUGUCUGCUGACUCGGGGCCGUCGCACAGCCAGCGUGCGAGCUGACACCUACUGCCGCCUCUACUCACUCAGCGUGGAUCAUUUCAACGCUGUACUGGAGGAGUUCCCCAUGAUGCGCCGAGCCUUCGAGACAGUGGCCAUGGAUCGGCUGCGCCGCAUCGGUAAGAAGAAUUCCGUACUGCAGCGGAAGCGCUCUGAGCCAAGUCCGGGCAGCAGUGGGGGCAUCAUGGAGCAGCACUUGGUGCAGCACGACAGGGAUAUGGCUCGGGGUGUUCGGGGCCUCGCCCCAGGUACGGGAGCUCGGCUCAGCGGAAAGCCAGUGCUGUGGGAGCCACUAGUGCACGCACCCCUGCAAGCAGCCGCCGUGACCUCCAAUGUGGCCAUUGCCCUGACUCACCAGCGAGGCCCUCUACCCCUCUCCCCUGACUCUCCAGUCACCCUACUUGCUCGCUCUGCUCGAAGAUCAGCAGGAGCAGCCUCCCCAGCCUCCCCACUGGUGCCUGUCCGUGCUGGCCCUCUGCUGGCUCGGGGGCCAUGGGCAUCCACCUCCCGCCUGCCGGCCCCAGCUGCCCGAACCCUCCACGCCAGCCUAUCCCGGGCCGGGCGCUCCCAGGUGUCCCUGCUGGGCCCCCCCCCAGGAGGAGGUGGACGGAGACUAGGACCUCGGGGCCGCCCACUCUCAGCCUCCCAACCCUCUCUGCCUCAGCGGGCAGCAGGUGAUGGCUCUCCUGGGCGUAAAGGCUCAGGAAGUGAACAGGUACCCCCCUCAGGGCUCCUGGCCAAGCCUCCAGGGACAGCCCAGCCCCCCAGGCCAUCAGUGCCUGAGCCAGCCACCCCCCGGGGUCCCCAGCUCUCUGCCAAUAUGUGAAAUCUUUGGGUAAGCUCUCAGGUGCAAUAGCAUACACCUGAGGGCAGACGCCUCUUGGGGACACCUGAAACACUGCCCUAUGGGACUGUCUCCCCUUACCUCCAAGAAGAUGGUCUCCGUCCUCAGCUCAGGCGCCCUGCUGCCUGUCUGACAUCCUCCCAAUCCAUUCACCUGUUCAUCAAAUGUACUGAGCACCUACCAUGUUCAAGGCACUGUGCCAGGCACUGUAUGUCUCCACUGCCAAGUAAAUGUGACUCCAAGCCCUCUGAUGAGGGUGUUCCCCUGGCCACGGUCCUGCCAGGUGCAGGCCCAGGCCCAUGAUCCCAUCUUACUAAGCACAAGUACUUGCCACCACCAUCACUGCCAAGUAACUAGAUGUCUCUGUUUUCCUGCCCAUGACCUUGCAGGGUCUGCCUGGCAUGGUUAUCUUCCUGUCCUACUAGCAUAGCUGGGCAUUGCCAAUUACCUGUGCCCCAUUACUGUCAACAAACGUCUAGGGUUCCCAAUGUGGACAUCAAGCUUUACUACCAUGCGUGGAGCCUCCCUUCUAUGUCCCAAGUGGGAACACCCAUCUCCUUCCAAGUUCGCUGCCCUCUUUGUCACUGGUAGAAUUGCCUUUUUGUAACUGUGAGCCAUCUCCUCCCUGUGCCCCUGUCCCAGUGGUGUCCCCCUUGAAGGUAAGGGAUUGUUGACACUCCCUCAUUUAGUGUGCCAGCCUAGAUCCCCCCAGGUGGAGGGCAAGUGGCUGAAUUCUUAGAUACCAUUUUUUCUUUCUUCCCUCGUUUCCUUAUUUAUUUAUUCUUAUUUAUUCAGUCAUUUAAUAAUUGUAUUUAUUCAUUCAUUCAUUUGCUAAUUUUAUUUAUUAUCAGUUCAUUUUAUUCACCCAUUCCUUUAUCUAUCCCUCCCCUCCCCUCCUGGUAGGGAGUUAGGAAUGGGCAGGGCCCCUCCGUGCCAGCUCUUGCGGUCCUUGCCCAACUCCCAUCCACAGCAAUACCUGAACCCUCUGUCUAGGUAGGGGCAGGAAGGGCCACCUGAGAGGGGCAGGAGGACUGUUCUUUAAGGUUUUGGUUUUUUUCCCUACUGAGUUUGCUGUGGGUACAGAUACAAGGGGAGGGCCUGAGGUAUGCAAGCCUGGGGAAGGGCAGACUAACCAGUACCACUGCCUUCUCAGGGACAAGAGAAAUCCCUAACCCUGUCCCUCUGUCCCCACGCCUACUCUACAGCAUCAAAGAAUGUAGGG